GCUAAUAACAGGACUCUACAGGAGAAGAUCCUCCAGGUGAAUAACCUUGUAGAAGCAUUUGGGAAUGCAGGCACUAUCAUCAAUGACAACUCGAGCAGAUUUGGAAAAUAUUUGGAAAUGAAAUUCACUUGUGGUGGCACUGUAGUAGGAGCUCAGAUUUCAGAGUAUCUCCUUGAAAAAUCCAGAGUUGUCCACCAGGCAGUAGGAGAGAAAAAUUUCCAUAUUUUUUAUUAUAUUUAUGCUGGUCUGGCGGAAAAGAAAAAACUAGCACAUUAUAAGCUGCCAGAUUAUAGACCUCCCAGAUAUCUGCAAAACGAUCAUUUCAGAAUAGUGCAAGAUUUCAUGAACAACAGCUUUUAUAAGUCUCAGUUUGAAUUAAUUGAACAGUGCUUCAAAGUCAUAGGUUUUACACUGGAGGAACUUGGAAGUGUGUACAGUGUCCUGGCUGCCAUUUUAAAUGUGGGUAACAUUGAAUUUUCUGCAGUGGUAUCUGAACAUAUGAUUGACAAGAGCAACAUUUCCAAUCCAGUAGCCCUUGAGAACUGUGCGUCCUUGCUGUGUAUUCAGGCAGAUGAACUGCAAGAGGCCCUCACCUCUCACUGUGUGGUGACUCGAGGAGAAACAAUUAUUCGUCCCAACACUGUGGAAAAAGCCGUUGAUGUCAGAGAUGCCAUGGCCAAAGCACUGUACGGGCGCCUCUUUAGCUGGAUAGUCAAUCGCAUCAAUACUUUACUCAAACCUGACAAACAUUUAAGUGGAAACGAUGAUGGUUUGAACAUUGGAAUUCUUGAUAUCUUUGGCUUUGAGAAUUUCAAAAAAAAUUCUUUUGAACAACUCUGUAUCAACAUUGCCAAUGAACAAAUUCAGUUCUACUUCAAUCAACAUGUCUUUGCCUGGGAACAGAAUGAAUACCUAUAUGAAGGUGUUGAUGCGAGAGUUAUAGAGUAUGAGGACAACAGGCCUCUCUUAGAUAUGUUCCUGCAGAAACCAAUGGGUUUAUUGUCCCUGCUGGAUGAGGAAAGUCGAUUCCCACAAGCAACAGAUCAGACACUUGUAGAGAAAUUUGAAGAUAAUUUGAAGUCAAAAUAUUUUUGGAGACCCAAAAGAGUAGAUCUAACCUUUGGGAUUUAUCAUUACGCAGGAAAGGUUCUAUAUAAUGCAAGCGGAUUUCUAGCCAAAAACAGAGAUACUUUGCCAGCUGAUAUUGUGCUGCUACUGCGAUCAUCUGAAAACAAUCUGACACGACAGUUGGUAACCCAUCCUCUUACAAAAACAGAAUCUAUACAGAAUGGAGCCCCAGCCAUCUCAAGCUGCAGGGGAGGGAUUGGUCUGGUCAAGUGCCAAGGAAGUGGUAGAGGCUUCUUUCAGGGUCCUCUCUUCAGGGUAGGGGAGCAAGACAGGGAGUGGAGUGCAUCCCUUGAGUUGAGGACUGAACAGAAAGGAUCAGGUAACCUGGCACACACUAAAAGCAAAACUACAAUCAGUUACCAAAUGUGGACCCCUCAGAAAUCAAUCAGUCAUACAAAGAAUGAAGCAGGAGAUACCGGACAUCAUCCAAGAGAGACAACAAGCAUGAAAACACAGACAGUUGCUUCUUAUUUCAGAUAUUCUCUGAUGGAUUUGUUAUCCAAAAUGGUCGUCGGACAGCCUCAUUUUGUCAGGUGCAUCAAGCCAAACAAUGACCGGCAGGCAAACAAGUUUGAUAAAGAAAAGGUGUUGGUUCAGCUGCGUUACACGGGAAUUUUGGAGACAGCAAGGAUUCGAAGACAGGGUUAUUCACACCGUAUACUGUUCGCUAACUUCAUAAAACG